AAAUUGAGAUGAGAAACAAUGGGAAGUAUCAAUGUGACAGUUGCAAGAAAACAUUCAUUUCGAAGUUAGGAUUUAUAUAUCAUCGAAGGAUUCACAGUGGAGAAGGACUCUUGUCUUGCAAAUUUUGUAAUCGUCGGUUCAAUCAUUCCAGCAGUCUUCGUAUGCACGUCAACACUCACACCGGAGAAAAACCCUUUACCUGUGAUCAUUGCAAACAAAGUUUUGCACAUAAAGGAACUCUGAUUCGACAUCUGCGAACUCACACAGGGGAGAAACCCUUUACCUGUGAUCAUUGCAAACGAAGUUUUACACAGAAAGGAAAUCUGAUUGAACAUCUGCGAACUCACUCAGGGGAAAAACCCUUUACCUGUGAUCAUUGCAAACAAAGUUUUGCACAUAAAGGAAAUCUGAUUAGACAUCUGCGAACUCACACAGGGGAGAGACCCUUUACCUGUGAUCAUUGCAAACGGAGUUUUACACAGAAAGGAAAUCUGAUUGAACAUCUGCGAACUCACUCAGGGGAGAAACCCUUUACCUGUGAUCAUUGCAAACGGAGUUUUACACAGAAAGGAAAACUGAUUAGACAUCUGCGAACUCACUCAGGGGAAAAACCCUUUACCUGUGAUCAUUGCAAACGGAGUUUUACACAGAAAGGAAAACUGAUUAGACAUUUGCGAACUCACUCAGGGGAAAAACCCUUUACCUGUGAUCAUUGCAAACGGAGUUUUACACAGAAAGGAACUCUGAAUCGACAUCUGCGAGUUCAUACAGGGGAAAAGCCAUUCUCGUGUACGUAUUGCUUACAAAAGUUCCGUUUUAAAAGUAAUUUAAAUAGUCAUAUUAUUAAAUAUCAUAGUAACAAUGAAUAA